GAGCGAAUCGUUACUGAUCGGAACGUGACGUGUGCGCGACAGGCAAUUUUCCGCGACCUGCCCUACUGGCUACAAAGAGUUUUUAGAUGUCGUGGAAAGUGGGUGGCAAAAAACUGCAUGCCCUAUGGCGACGUACGUUAGGCAUACUUUGCGGUGAACAGUGCGACAGUGAUACGUGUAGGUGUAAAAAGCUCCCCGCCCUGCUGAGGCCUUCUGGUACUAUGCUGUGAACGGAAGCAUAAGGUUCGGAAUCAGAAUAAAAGCAAAAAAAAAACAGGUCGACAAGUGGGAUGAGGGGAUUUGGCUGUGCUUAAGCGCUGUUUGCUGUAGUGAAUUAUGUCAAAUUAUUGUCGUUAUACCAGCAGCAGGUUUCGGUUCAAGUGUAUACAAAGCGCCAGGAAGGAAGGCGCAGAAUUGCAAUGGAUCUAAUAAGGAUUACCACGCGAGGAUACGGAUAGCAAACGAUAGCAAUAACCAAUGUGAAACGGCAGUGAUUUUGUGCUGCUAGGCGACUGAGGUUCUACAGUUUGCGAAUAUUGAUUUAUGGAUGUCCCCGUGGCAAGAGGACCAAGGAUAUAUACCCAGGAUAAAAGUGCGAAGAAUGCGAGUAUUGUGUGUUCGCUAUUAGUGUGCCAUGUGAAACAAUGCCAAGGGGAAAAAAUCUUUGCGAGCACAAGGCAGAAAAGGUUUAAGUGUUAUUGGGCAUGUUAGAGUGAAGUUUGGAGUGCCAGAAUGCGACAUACAAUGUAUCGGAAGGCCAAUGCCGUGGAUGAUGGAUUAAUAGCUUGAUGAGAAGCUAUUAAAAGAAAAUCCAUCGCUUGUUGUGAGAAGUGUAUCACUUCCAUUUAUUCUACUUUUCGUAGAACGUGCCGAGCCCGUAACAAAGAAAAUACCACUCUUCGUGUGUUUCCUUCACAAAAUCAUCAAUAGCUGUGGUAGCGAAAGAAGAAAUUGAAAUUCAUGUGAAAUUAAAGCGAUAGGCCUUAGAGUGUUAUGGUUAAAAUCGAAAGCCUGGAAGAAAAUAGAAACAAGUACAUAUAUUAACCAAAUGAGUGGGAAAAAAGCUGUCAAGAACCCAGUAUCGUGCUCAGCAUAACCAUGUUGAUUCCACUAGUGAUAAUCAUUCCUCUAUUCGCCCCAAGUGUCUCUGGUGGUGGCAAUAGCGAUGAGAAUGAUUCCGUGAAGAAGACGACUACUCGUGUUGUGCAUACGAAAUAUGGUUCAGUAUCCGGAACCAUCGAGCAUCUGGAAGGGCGGCAUUUGGAUCCGGUGGAAGCAUUCCGUGGCAUACCGUACGCUUCGCCACCAAUCGGCACGUUACGCUUCAUGCCCCCGGUCACCGGCGCUCUCUGGUCCGGGGUCAAGAAAGCAGAUAGGUUUAGCCCGGUAUGCCCGCAACGUCUUCCAGACAUCGCCAACGAAACGGCAGCUCUGGAACGGAUGCCGCGGGGUAGAUUAGAAUAUUUAAAACGUCUCCUACCAUACCUUAGAAAUCAAUCGGAAGAUUGCCUAUACUUGAACAUCUAUGUUCCAACCCAAGCUGGUUCACGAGAAAACUCUGGGCCACAGAAAUAUCCAGUUAUGGUGUUCGUACAUGGUGAAUCGUAUGAGUGGAACAGCGGCAAUCCAUACGAUGGAUCCGUGCUUGCCAGUUUCGGACAAAUUUUAGUAGUUACAAUCAAUUACCGACUAGGAAUAUUAGGAUUUUUAAAUGCCAAUAUCGACCGGUUUUCGAAAGCGCCGGCCAAUUAUGGACUGAUGGAUAUCAUUGCAGCUCUCCAUUGGAUCCAGGAAAACAUCGAAGCCUUCGGUGGUGACCCGAGAAGUGUCACGUUGGCAGGACACGGGACUGGAGCUGCGUGUGUUCACUUUCUCAUCGCUUCUGCAGCUGUGCCAGAAGGUCUCCUAUUUCACCGAGCGAUCUUGAUGUCGGGCUCUGGCCUAGCCCCGUGGUCCCUCGUGAGAGAGCCAGCCAAGUUUGCUGCGUAUGUUUCGCAUCACGUGAACUGCUCACCUGACCUACCUCAUCAGAUGCUGCUCAAGUGUUUGCGGGACAAACCACUCAGCGACGUUCUGUCGACGGCGGUACGAGCACCGGAUUUCGGUAAUGCCUUCGGGCCAAGUGUCGACGGAGUUGUAAUCGAUACAGGCGAAAUACAGCAGUUGGAUGGAUCGCAUUACAGCGACUAUGGCGCCCCGUCUGCUCCCAAACCGUCGGUGCAUUUUCACAACACGCUCAACACGAUUAAUGCAAUCCUCUUACGGAAGCUGGCAGCCAACAAAAUAUCGAAAUACGACUUACUGGUGGGUGUGACUCGGGCCGAAGCCUAUUUCGUCUUCAACUCAGAGGACGUUCAGUACGGCAUCGAAGCCGACCGGAGGUCAAAGAUUCUGAAGAAUUAUGUCAAGUGUACCUACAGCUACCAUCUGAACGAAAUCUUAGCUACAAUUGUUAACGAAUACACAGACUGGGAGCGACCAAUUCAACAUCCCAUCAACAUCAGGGACGAAACACUGGAAGCACUGAGUGACGCCCGCGUGGUGGCUCCGGCAGUACAAACGGCCGAUCUGCAUUCCGCUGACCAUCGAAACUCGUUCCUGUAUGUUUUCGAUUACCAAACAAAAUAUGGUGAUUUUCCGCAGCGACAAGGCUGCAUCCACGGCGAAGACCUGCCGUAUCUAUUCGGGGCACCGCUGGUUGGAGGAUUCAGCCACUUCAGCAGGAACUACACGAAGUCCGAAAUUGCGCUGUCGGAAGCGGUCAUGAUCUACUGGUCCAACUUCAUCCGAACCGGAAACCCAAACGAGCAGCUAGAGAAUGAUCAUGUUCGGGAUAGAACCCGAUUCAAAAACAUCGAAUGGACACCUUACGAAAGUGUACACAAAAAAUUCCUAAAUCUAGAUACGAAACCGAAGCUGAAAAACCAUUACCGUGCACAUCGACUGUCAUUUUGGCUCAAUCUAGUGCCGGAUUUGCAUAAACCAGGUGGUGAUGACGUGCCGAGUUCGCACCACGAGCUGGAGGAUACCGAAGAGGAAAAUAUCCUGGUACCAACAGUAAAGCCACUUAAUCCCCCAUUGCGCGACCCUGCGUCCGCCAACUUUUCUAUUUUCACCACACAAGUGUUUUCGCUGUUGAAUUUUUCCACUUACGGGAUUAACAAUAGCAGUAGCCGCCAAAGCGUGCAUAAGCCGAUUCCCGUGACUGCGGAGUCAUCCGAGGGUACAGAAGAUGAUGGCGUAGGCGGACAAUCGCAGGAAGACGGCUUUGCUGCCUAUAGCACGGCACUAAGCGUAACGAUAGCAAUCGGAUGUAGUUUACUGAUACUGAAUGUGCUCAUUUUUGCCGGCGUUUACUAUCAACGUGACAAAACUAGAUUAAACGAUUCAAGAAACAGUAAGAAACGAAAUGAGAAUGGUCAAAUGCCGAAUAAUAUCUGUGGUGAGCUGGAAAGCCUCACCAUUCAUGCUAAAAGCGAUCCGUCAACGAUACUAGGACAUCACCAUGCCUUACAGCAUCAUCAAAUGCCUCCGCCGGAGUUUGCUGAUCUACCGCAGAGGGCACCUCCGCCGCCAAAACACAUCAAAUCAGUUCCGGACGGGACGAUACUAUCUCAGCAUGCGCUGCAACUAAUUGGCGGCAAUUGUGGUACCCUGACGAAGAAGAGCUGCGUCAAGUCGAACCUUACCACUUCAAACCAGGCCCAGAACGCGAUGGAUGAACUGCGGGUGUGACGUUAAGUAUCCUUUGCCAUCGAGGAGAAAUCUCGAUGUGGGCAGCACCAUCACCAUCGUAGUCAUUACCACCACCAGCACCAUCAACACCAUCAUCACCAUCAGUACCCGCACCAGCAUCACGAACAUCACACCCCGCCCCAGCAACAGCAUCCGCAGUCUCAGAUGCAAUGUUCCGAGCAGCCACCAGAGCAGCAUAAAUAGCGGCUCCGGCAACAAGAAACCACAUACAGUCGCAGAGUGUGCCGCCAAGCUACAAACGAAAGUGGUGGAAGCCCGGAAAACAUUAUCAAUUAAUUUAUAAUUGAUGGGCGUAUUUAGGUAUAAAUAAAUAAUAACUAUACAAAUGUGUACAUACAUUUCUACAUAGGAAGUACUGCCGGAGCAGAAACGCCAUCGAGUAACGUAAAAGAUAGAGGAGAUAUUGUCAUGGACUGGUUGUUCCGAUUCGGAAAACAGAAACGUUUCAUGAGCAAUAAUUGAACCACGUAUUUUAGAUCGCAUGUUGAGCCACGUUUUUCAGAUCGCAUUUAGUGUGAUUAUGUGAAUUUAAAACAAAACAUGUUACUGUUUCGACGAGAUAUGCUUCUUUUUUUUUCAUCAUGGAGGUAAAAUAUAUAUAUUCUAAUGCUUCCGUUGUAGGAAAGAAUUCAAGGCACUGAUCGAUAAAAUUCGAGUGAAAUGGAAAAGUAAGCAUUGAUGGACCAUUAGAACUUGUUUUGUAAAUUGAGAGAUGUUAAAAACUUAUAUUUUCUCCAAAAUGGUUGCACUUGAUCAAUCGUGGAACCCAGUUUAACCUGACAAAAUACAUUCGACGGUUUCAUUAUUACGAUUCAUGCAGUAUGUUGUGAAAGACUAGAAAAAAAUUAGAUACAUUUUUUCACCACUUCAGUUGUUAUUAUGCCAAAUUGAAGCUAGAUGUGAAAUUAAAUGUCCAUGUCAUUAUGAGAAAUUGUUGUAAGAAGAUCACUCCAAAAGCGAUCGAUUCGGUUGCUUCGAGAAUACUUUGCAGCUUGGCCAAACCAUCAGUAAUCCAUCGUAAUAAAUGAUAUUGUGAAGAGGUAAUGUCUGGUAAUUACAGCGGGAGAUAACAUACCAAUGGUGCACCUUGAUAAUUUUCUGAGCGAAUUUUUGGAACUGUAAUACCUGGACAAAUUAAAAUUGAUAAGUCGUUAUAUCAAGUAAAAUUCUGCACCACUAUCAAGAAUAAGAGAGAGAGGCUAUCGAUCCACUCUCCCCUUUUUGGCCUUGCCCUGGCACUCUUAUGCUAUCAUAAUUUGUAACCACAAUUAAACGUCGCGUUCAUUAAAUUUCGUUUGCACAUUGAAAAUUGCCCAAGAGAACUAAAACUCACCUUAACAUACGAUUUCUCUUCAACAAGUAAACAUAACUGAAAAUGAGAUGAUUUAAUUAAUAUUCAAUCAAUUAUUCAUCAUCAGUCGUGCACGAUGCAACAAACAAUAAUUUCCUAAACAUCCAAAAGUCCCACUCCCUUUUUGUCUUAAAUUUUACGAUUUUGACAACAUUUCAAUCUGCAGAUUUUUUUUUUGCCGUAGAACUAUGUCUAUCAGUAAGUACGGCUGCAUAGAGGUGUACAAUGAAAAUCUGAAAUCAGCAAAGCGGGAAAGUAUGUCCAAUUUAAAAUACUUAUAAAUCGAUUAAUUUUCUAUAGAUUGCCUUCGUUCUUGCAGCAAUCAAUUGAAAAUUGAUCUAUGCAUCCGCUCAAAUGCGGAAAAUUGUAAUUUCAUUAUUCGAACUAUUAUACGAUCGCAAAUUGUCAAACCUUGUUAAAACGCAAAUUCCUACCCCUGAUUGGUCCUAAUUCUAGUGUUACACCUAGUUAACAGGGAAUGCACUCUUCGGGCUUUAUAAGGGCAUACCUUUGCUCAAACAAAUCAUUUUAUUAGUGGAUGGUGCAAGCGGUGGACAUGUUUCGGCAGCAGCGGCAUAGUCGGCAGCAACACAAACUUUCUGGACUCUGGCAAUUGUUAUCUGCCAGCCAUGUCCGUUUUUCAUGUAGUUUCGGUAAUGGCUUUGCCUACAACCCUUCUGGUUUUUUAUUUUUAAAAAAUUAACCAGCAUUUUUUCCGUCUGUCGGAUUGUGGAUAUACAGUAGGAUUCCGUUUUUGGCACGUUCCGUUUUUGGCAUGCUUCAUUUUUGGCACUCUCCGAUUUUAGCAACAAGAGGGUUCCGUUUUUGGCAACAUUUUAUAGUACAUAGUAUACAAUAAUUUAUACAACAAACUGAGCUGAUUUUGACUCUCAUUCUGGGUUGAAACUGAUUCAACUGAAUCUGAAAACAAUUUAUGCUUGAUGAUUUCUAACGAGCUCAACUACCAACACUAUUGAUAUGCCGUAGACAUAUGCUUAGUUACGUGGGGGGCUAUUCUGUCAACGGUUAUGUAACGAUGGAAUUCCCCCGCGAGGUCUUCUCGUCUUCUUUUUUCUGUUUGUUUACAUGCAAAGUUUUUUUUUUCAUAAUGUAUUUCAAAUGAAGCAAGCGGAGCAGUUCCACAAAAAAUGUCCCAGUUUCAAUAUAUAUUUGUGAAAAAACAAUUUUUCACUUUUUCAAUUUUUCAAAAACAAAAACUGAUUUUUCCAUGCCCGAUUUCAUUGUUUAGGUAAUCUUUUGUAGUUUUUAUUAAAAAAAAUUGAUGUUUUAAAAAAUGAUCUUUUUUAGAUAAUUAAUUUUUUUAAUUUUAUUUUACCUUUUUUUUACAAAAAUAAAUAUUUUUUCAGAGUGUGUAAUUUUUUCGGAAAAACAAAAUUGUUAUCUACAAUUUUGCCGAAGACGUCAUACCGAUCAAACAAACCGUUUUGGCCCUAAAAACAUUUGUAAUCAUCAAUAAGUUUCCAAAAUAUAUGAAAUAUGUUCAAUAGCUUCUCAAAAAAUUGUCGUGUCCCAAAAAAUAUCUAUGCAAAGUUUCAGUCAAAUAAAAAAUGGUCGUUGAAAUUUGUUGCCCGUUUUUCGAGGAAUUGCUCAGCGUGAUUAAAUGUAGUUCACCUAGAAUGAUAUAUCACAAAACGCAAAAUUCAAAUUAUGAAAAUCAAAAUUUAUCAAAAGACUAAUGGGUAGCUGUUACUCGUCAAAUGAGUAAAAAUUUACUUAAUAAAAAGUCGUGCAACUUUUUCAAAAUAGGGUGAAAUUUCUCUCACUAAUGAGUAACUUAAAUUUAACGUGUAUUUGAAUCCAACUGUAAACAACGCACUGUCGUGUAAAACAGAUCUGGCAAUCUUGAACCAGCCAUCGUUUACACUCACUUGCUUUCAAAUGGAACAAAGAGUUUGACGUCCCAGAAGCUGUUGUACAAGCGCUGCGAGAGAAUGAAAGUGACGACAAAUUUGAAAUUUGUCAUUACUGUACGUUAUGUACGACGGAUUUUGUUAUAAACCUAUUGAAUCAUAUAAAUCAAUAAAUUUUGAUAAUAAUUUUGAAGUCUCAAGUUAAAUAUAUUAAUAACAAAAAAGGCUUCCUUUUUUGGCACGGUUCCAGUUUUGACAAGUGAAAUUGAAAAUUUUGUUGCCAAAAACGGAAACUAAUUGUAACGGCUUUCACCACGAUUUCCCGCGUAACUUAUCAUAAGAACCUAAGUAAAAAUCAGAGAUUCUCUCCUCUCUCACUUUGAUUUGUUAAUUACAACUUCAUUAUCAAUGUUUUCAAAGACUUAAUUCCGCAAAUCGAAAGAUUACAACAUUGCCUAUCUUAUUUUGCGAAAAGUACUUCCCAGAUGAGUGCUUCGAAUGUGUCUCGCUCUAAUUUCGCUGUAUUUUAUAAAGCGUAUUCUGGGAUUGUGAUUUGCAGAUGAUAUAAACAAUAAAUCUAUUCAUCAUUUUGCACUUUAGAUUCUUGAAAUAAUUUCACCACAUUCUUUUAUUCUAAUUUCACUCAGAACGAGUAUAUUGCAUUCCUGGGCCACUGUAAAAAACAAUAUCGCACGCUAACCUGGAGGGCUAAUAGCGGUCUCGAUCAAGUAGAUUAGUUGAGAGAAUUCGUUAUAGAUACUGUUUUUGGCAUAUUUUGCAUGUUGUUGGAUAAGAACAACGAUAUACCGUGCCCCAGCGCUGAGUCGAGAAAUUUUCCAGCUCGAAAAAAUCCUCGACCUGAUCAGGAAUCGAGCUUGAUAUCACGACUGUGUGGGAUAGUUAGCCGACCGACAUCGCUAACCACAGAACCACGGGGAUCACUGUGCAAUGUUGAACAACCGUGGAAAACGUCGAGGAGCUCGAAUAAAUACGAUUGCCACACGUGAACAGAAAGUGUUGAUUAAUGAGAACCAGAAGGCAACCUAAACAGAUGAAAACUUCGAUGAAGAUUAUGAGCAAAAUGUCCCAAUUUAAAUAUUUCUCAUCAAUUUUCAUUUUUGACUUAGCUGAAACUAGGCACAGAUGAGCCAAAGCCAAUAUUCUAGGAUUCGUAAAAAAUAAUUUUGUUCUCUGAUCGUAUGAACAUCUAGUUUUGAAUAAGACUAACAAGUUCCUUAAUCAGGGCCGGAUUUACGAUUGUGGGGGCCCGGGGCCCAGUUAUAGUGGGGGGCCCAAUGUAAAACAAAACUGUUUUUUAUCGUACGAGUUAAAAGCAUUUAUUUGCUAUUGAAAAAUUACCAAAAAUUUGUUAGAAUUUUUUCUUAAGCUCUAUUUAGAGCUCCAAGCGAAGUGAAAAUCU